UGUAAUGCAGAUAUCACAGUUAAAGAUGAUGAAUAUGGGAGCGAAUGCUGGCGAAAUUUGAGCUCUUACGGCUGGGGAAGGAUGUGGGGACUUUCAACUUUGCCAUGUAGAUGUCUUUGGUGGGAAGAGCGCUUAUUUUGAUUUCAAAUGUGUUUGCAAAUAGAACUUUCACUGUUUACAAAUGCUCUGGGCUACGUGAUUCCGUAGAAUUCAUUUACAGUAAAAACAUUUUCUUUGGGUUAGUGAAGUGUUUACGAAGAUCAUACCUAUAUUAUAUGCAAGAAAAUUUAUCCAGCAUAUUUGUGAGAUACGAUGUUUGCUUUUGGGUUUUCAAAAACAGACGAUGUGGGCCCCGACAGAUCACCGCGUGGUGUAAUCGCCAAUGUGCUAAAUUGGGCGCCAGCAGAGGAAGUGAAAUUCGAAGCAGACGUUCUGGAUGUCAGCAUCAAAAGUUCAUCAGUUUCAUCCAUAACAGAUGCCAAUAUAUGUUAUAUAAACCCUACUUCUGCCCUCCAAGAAUUAACAUUAGACUCUGACGUUUUGAAUGCAGAACAACAACAUACGGACUUAGUACCAUCCAAGUAUGAAGGUGGGCUGAAGGUAUGGGAAUGUACAUUUGAUUUAGUCAGAUACCUUGAGAAUGAAAUAAAAUAUGCAAAAAUUGAUUUUGAUGGGAAAGAUGUUCUGGAUCUCGGAUGUGGACAUGGUAUACUGGGCAUUUUUGCAUUGCAGAAAGGAGCCAGAGUUCACUUUCAAGAUUAUAAUAAGAGUGUGCUUUCUUCAGUAACAAUACAAAAUAUCAUGUUAAACUUCCCACACAAGGAAUGGAAAAAUAAACUUAAUUUGUGCAGAUUCUUCAGUGGAGAUUGGGAGUCAUUCUUACAGUUGGUUAAGGAAGAAGGACAGAAAUAUGACAUAAUUUUGUCAUCUGAAACAAUAUAUAAUCCACAAAAUCAGCAGAAACUAUGCUCAGUGUUUAAGAAGACACUGAACAGUAAUGGAACUGUAUAUUUAGCAGGAAAAACAUAUUAUUUUGGAGUGGGUGGUAGUCUGAGACAGUUUGAAAGUAUGUUGUGCUCUGCUGGUGACUUAGCUAGUGAAACUUGCUGGAAAAGCUCAGAUGGUGUCCAACGAGAAAUAUUAAAAAUUACCUUCAAAAAAGAUAGAUAAAACCAGCUUAUGUGCAUCAUCUCUACAGGAAAAUCUUCAUAAUAACUAUACACGUUGUCUCCUGCAUCAGAACCAGUUAUGAAAAAUGAGUAUUGUAUAUAAUUUAAUUUUUGAUGAACUUUUGACAUAAGUAGUGAAUAAAAUGAAUUUUUAUUUGCAACACUUUGGACUUCAUUAAUGCUGUAAAUAGGUAUGGUAUGCAUAUAUAAAGUUGUGAAAGCAGCAGUGGAGUAAACCAACGAUCUUGGUGAUUUUAUUUUUUCUCCUCCACUUCCAAUGAAUACUUGACAAUGGCUGACACUGCAGCACUUUGGCAUAAGACAGGAUUCAUUUAUAUAGAUGUGUGUGUAGCAAAUAAAACAGUUACAUUGCAUAAAAUGUUCAUCAAAGAAUAUGGGGACAAUUAUGGCACAGUAAUCAUAUUGGCAAGGUCUUGUAACAAGAGUUUUAAUGUCCUGUUCAACAGUCCUCUCUCAGAAAACAAGAAUUGCAUUUGAGGUACGAUGAAUUGUGCCAUACAGUAUACAGCAGAAAAUGCUGUCUUUACUAAAUAAAAACCUGAGGAACUUGUAGUAUAACUUUUUAUCUAAUGAAAAUUCUCCCAAAGCACAAUGUUCCUAAUGACUGAGUUCACAUGGGAAAAUUGUAAGAACAAGUUAGUCAUCUUAUGGCACCAAUGUGGAAAACAUUAUUACUUUCUUUCAAAGCAUGUACAAAAGGAUAACAUUAGUAACCAAAUGUAGUAAUUGAAAUCAACAUGCUGGAUGUAUCAAAACGUAUCU